AUGGCGCGCACCUCGUCUGCAAACGUCGGCGUGAGCGCGAGCCCGCUCUCCGUGCGCGCCAAGCUCGGCACGCUGAGCUGCGGCGUGGACGGCGGACUCGCCUCGACCGUCGCGAGUCUGGUCCUGCCGCCGCUCCACGCAGUAGCGUACGACGCGUGCGACGCGUCCGUCGCGCUGCCCCACGUCGCGGCGGUGCCUGCGCUCGCGGCGGACACGGCGGACACGGCGCUGGCGGUGCUGGCGACGCUGCGUGCCGAGCGCCACGAGCCGAGCGAGGCCCAUCUCCCCGUCCGCCAGCUGCGCGGUCUUCUCCCAGCCAGUCUACCGCUUCUCCCUCUCGCGUCUUCGUCGCCACCGCCCUCCCCCUCGCCCACCGCCCCCGCCCCCUCUUCAGAGACAGUCGGCAUGAUGCUCGGCGGAUACGCAGGCAACGCGCCGUCCCCGAACGCGCUCUCCGCCCGGUGGCGGCGCAUGACGCUCUCUUCCCCAAGGGCAGGCUUGUACCCGUACGCCGGGAGCGUGGAGAUCGAAUGGCCCGAGUCGGUGCGCCGCAGGCCGUAUGCGCGGCGCGGGCGCACGGCGUCGAGGUCGGCGUCGGACGGCAUGGGCAUGGGCAGCGUGCGCGGGGACGGCGCGGCCUCAAGCCCGGCCCCGCACCCGCCGCAGCAGAGCAGCUGGUCCAGCCCGAUCGCUAUCGCGCGCCCCACGCGCCGCCAGCGGCCCCUUGGGCGGGCGACUUGCCGCGUGGCGACAAGCUCGGGGUCGCGCGCCGCCGCGGCCGGUGGCGAGAGGGGGAGGUAG